AUGUUUCUCAAGGCUCUGUGUGUAUUAGCAGUGUACGCUGUGGUGGCAGCCUUCGCGCAUGAAGCCCACUCGUCACAAUUUCUUCAUAAACAUGAUCAUCACCACCAGAAAGUGGAGUUUAAAGACAAACAUGGACAUCAUCACUACGACUACUAUACGCCUCCUAAAUACGAAUUCGGGUACAAGGUAAAGGACCCUCACACCCACGACCACAAGUCCCAGCACGAGCACCGCCACCACGACAGUGUGAAGGGACACUACUCCCUGAAGGAACCUGACAAUCAUCAUGAGAGAGACGUUCACUACCAUGCUGACAAACAUUCCGGUUUACUCAACCACCCUUUGUAUUACGUACCUGCAAACACAUCGCAUCCAUACAUAAUGUUCUUCAAGGUACUACUUUUGGCUGUAGUAUGUGUGUUAGCUGUGGCAGCUGAACACGGCUACUCAUCACAGCAUGUCCACAAACACGAUGGACAUCACGAAACCGUAGAAGUCAAAGGGGAACAUGGACAUCAUCACUUCGACUAUUAUACUCAUCCUAAGUACGAGUUCGAGUAUGAAGUGAAGGACGGUCACACCGGGGAUCACAAGGAGCAGCACGAGCACCGCGAUGGUGACGUCGUCAAGGGCCACUACUCGCUGCACGAGCCCGAUGGUUCCAUCAGACACGUACACUACCACUCUGACAAGCAUUCCGGGUAA